AUGGUAAUCUUCGGCAACGCUGGCCUCCUGUAUGCCCUCGUCUUUGUGGCGAAGACGGUGCAUCUGUCGUGGUCGCCAUACUGGGCUCUUUUUGACAAGUUUGCUUCGUAUGCGCAUCAGCGUGGGAGUUACUACCAGUGGCUACUGCUGGGUGGACACCUUCAUGUGCUGAAGGCGCUAUUGGGCUAUGAGGUGCCACUGCUUCUGAUCCUCACGAUCGUCUCCCUGAUAUUGUUGGCGCCCUUGCUGCGGCAUGUGGGUCUUGCUUUGCGCGGGACCACUGUGCUUGAGGAUAUGGGCCAUGGGGAUGCCAUCGAUCUGCCUGGUUGCACGAAGGUGCUCCCACUGCAGCCUGGCGACUUUGCCCUUUCACCUGGAGAGGCUCUCUCCCAGCUGCUGGGCCCGAGGUGGAUUUGGCGGCUGCUGUUGCCGAUCCCUGGGCGCCCCUCGGGUCAG